AUGUCGACCCAAGAAACACCAGGAGACGUAGGUGCCAAAAUUGAGGCAAGCACAGAACUAGGCGUUGAGGACCUUGAAACAAACGAGGGACUGAUAGAACGACGAGCGCGCAUCGUCGCCUACACUAUCGCGCGCAAAAGCCUGAUCGAUAUGAUCGGAGGAGUCAGUGGAAGGAAGGGUAGCAGGGGUUAUCAAAAAAAGAUGAAUUCCCACCAAGGCAUGGCAUACCUUCCACAGGAUGUCGAACGAAAGAUUUUCCGAACAGACAUGGGCGAUGUACUCCUUGGGAUGUUUCGACGCCUGGCUGUCGAUACACUCAUCACACGCUCUUGCAGGGAAGGUUUAUGGGCGCCACACAAAUUCAUAAGGCCAGUUGCCAGCUGGGAAGAGGCGAAGAGCAUUCCAGGAGGUGGAGCAAUUCUUUAUAUUCCCAAGGAGGAUAUGGAGGAUAAGAACAGUUAUGCGACUCUUGAUGUAGAAGAUGCUUCUUAUGGCAGUAAGAUGGCAGUUCAUGAUCUGCGAUACUUACUAGGAGAAGAGCUUGAGAGGUUGAGAGAGAAGUCAGAGGUAUUCCGAGACCAUGAGAUUUUGGUGUUGAAGAACUUUAGAAGUGGAAGCAUGAGAGCUCUACAUCUGCUUCUCUGGAGACUGCAAGGAUACUUGGCGACGCCUCAAGUUGAGCGCAUUGAGGGAAAAGAAUACUAA